AUGGUAAGUAAAAAGUAUUACAAGACUACUACAUGUAUCAUCAAAAAACAAUCAUUUGAUAGUCGCAACUGCCCAUACUUGGACACAAUUAACAGAAAUGUGCUGGAUUUUGAUUUUGAAAAGUUGUGUUCAGUGUGUCUGUCUCAUAUCAAUGUCUAUGCAUGUUUAAUAUGUGGCAAAUACUUCCAAGGAAGAGGUCUGAAGUCGCAUGCCUAUACACACAGUGUUGAGGUUGAUCAUCAUGUUUAUCUUAAUCUGCACACUCUGAAAUUCUAUUGUCUCCCAGACAACUACGAGGUUAUUGACUCUUCGCUGGAUGAUAUAAAGUAUGUAUUGAAACCAACAUUCACACGAUUACAAAUUUACCAUAUGGACAAGACUUCCAAACUAUCCCGUGCUUAUGAUGGUAGUACGUAUUUACCAGGAGUCGUUGGUCUGAAUAAUAUCAAAAAGAAUGAUUACUGUAAUGUGAUUCUUCAUGCUUUUGCACAUGUUCCUCCUUUGAGAAAUUACUUUCUGAGAGAGGAAAACUAUGCACAUAUAAAGCGACCACCUGGUGAUAUCAUGAUUCUUCUGUCCCAGAGAUUCGGUGAAUUGAUGCGAAAAAUGUGGAAUCCUCGUAAUUUCAAAGCGCAUGUCAGUCCCCAUGAAAUGCUUCAAGCGGUCGUGCUUUGUAGUAAAAAGAAAUAUCAGAUCACUAGCCAAGGUGAUCCUGUAGAAUUCAUGUCAUGGUUUCUAAAUGCUUUACAUAUAGCAUUAAAUGGUGGUAAGAAAAAAAACAGCAGUAUAGUGUAUAAAACCUUCCAAGGUAGUAUGAGGAUUUAUUCCCGGAAGCUACCUCCAGCUGAUGUAGAAGACCUGGAGAAACAGGCUCUUAUACAAAGUGAAGAGUACCAAGAUACAACAUCUGAUUCACCAUUCUUGUACCUGAUGCUGGACAUCCCACCAGCUCCUCUUUUUAAAGAUGAGUUAGAACAAAAUAUUAUUCCACAGGUACCUCUUCAUACACUACUAAGUAAAUUUGAUGGCAUCUCAGAAAAGGAAUACAAAACCUACAAAGAUUCUACUAUGAAAAAAUUUGAAUUGACGCAUCUACCAAGAUAUCUCUUGCUUUGCAUCAAGCGCUUCACAAAAAAUAUAUUUUUUGUGGAAAAAAAUCCAACCAUUGUGAAUUUUCCAGUCAAGAAUGUAGAUUUUAGAGAAUUCUUAUGCAAAGAUCCAGAAAUACAGAAAAAACACAAGUACACUACCUAUGACUUGAUGGCUAAUAUUGUCCAUGAAGGGGAACCAAGUAAAGGAACAUUUAGAGCUCAUGUAUUACACAAGGUAAAACACCUUUUACUUGUUUCACCAGACUACUACUGGUAA